AUGAUUAACGAAAGUUCACGGUCUGGCAAAGUGGCCAGUUUCAAUAUCUUCAAACGCAUACAUCUCCGCCGUACCUCUAGAGACAGCAAGAGCACAAGCACAUGCACCAAUCCCUCAACCACCAACCCAAGUCCUUUCGAUUCCCACACAGAUCUCAGCUCAGCAGACUCCUCCUACUCACUCACUACCGCUACCCUCAUAACCGCGAUACAAUCCUCGCUCCUCGGAACUCCAGCCGAGGACCGCGUAUCACACAUCGAAGCCCUCCAGAAGCUUCUACACACCCUCACACUCCCUCUCCCUCUCCCUGAAGACGGCUCCGAAUCCAAAGACAAAGCUAAAACCAAGUCCAAGUUCAAGUUCAAGUCCAAGUCCAAAAUCAAACCCAACACCGAUACCGAUCCCCUAACAAGCGACCACCUUUCGUCCCCAUCCUUCUACCAAAAAGCCUACAACUACCUCACCAGCGGUCACAAAACCGACAACCUAUCCAUAGCACACAUCCGCGAAAGCACAUGUGUAUACUGCUUCAUAGCCAGCAACAGGCCCGUCCACAAGCCGAACCCAAAAUCAAAAUCCAACAGGAAAGCUCCUUCUCAAUCUCAUCCAGAUCCCAGAGAACAAGAACAGACAAAAGUGCUCUUCAUGAGCAACAUCGAAUCUGAUGUUGUGGAUGUUGAAGGCUGGAGGAGAGGAGAUGAUUGCUGGUGUGGUGGUGUUGAGAGGAGGGAGAAAGAGCGGCUUGAGAGAAUUGAGAGGGAGAAGAUUGAGCGGGCCGAGAGCACUGAGCGGGCUGAGAGAGAAAGGGCGGAGAGACUUGAGAUGAGGAGAAUGCAAGCGCUUCAACAGGAGGGGAUGCGGGAUAGAGAGUCAAAGGAAGAUGGUAGUAGAAGGAGGAUGACGGAGAGGGAGAUGGAGAUGGAGAAGGAGAAGGAAAGGGAGAGGCAGGAAAGAGAAAAGGAGAGACAAGUUAUUCGUGACUGGACUACGAACGGAUCUGGGAAGCUGUAUAGAACCUCAGGAACGAACAGCCAGGUGAACGAACCACACAACGAAGGCGCAAAUGGAAAUCAAGACCUACCACACCACACAUCCCCAUCACCAACACCAACAACCUCAUCAUCAUCAACCACAUCCCAAACACCAGACUCAGCAUCCGAUAACCCCACCACCCACCCAACACCCUUCCCCGUCCCCCGCCGCUACGCCCUCAAACCCUACGAAUACGAACAGAAGCCCGGCCUCGACGGCUACAGCGCCGACGAUGAGCGACAAGAACGUUUCGGCGAAGAUCAUAACCGAUACCUGUCACAAAUCCAAAAAGAGGAAGAAGCAGACGCAAAAGCAAGACGCGAGCGACACCUCGAAAAAUUCAGCUCAAUGCUCGGACCAGAGCACGACGUAGAUCGCGGGCGCAGAAGAGAGCGGACUGGGUACGGCGUGCCAUAUAAUAACAACCCCAACAGUCCCAGCAGGAGCGUAAACGGUACCAAUACCAAUACAAACCACCACCCGCGGCCGGCAGGACACAACGCAGGAACAGGAUCGUAUCCAUCUCCUUCUCCCUCUCGCUCCCGCUACAUCAACACCCACCCCUCCUCCCAAAACAGAAACAGAAAUAGAAAUAGAAACAGAACACCCAGGACUCUAGACCGGUAUAUCGGGACCGGGACAGGCUCAUCGUCGUACAUCUCGGCUUCGCGCUCGUCUUCGUACGCUGGUAUGCGUAAGGGAACAGGGUUCCACUCCUCGUCGUAUAUCGCUCCGGUCCGACUCCUCCUCUUCCUCCUCCGCCAAGGAACGGUAGUACGAAUGCAGAGUCGAAAUGAAAUGAAAUGAAAUGCAGACUUGACGGGAGCUUUAUAAAGUCGGCCGGCUUUCAAUAUAAAGAAAUGUCGAGGUAACGAGUCGCGUUCGCGUCCUCGAGUGAUAUUAUUUUUUACGAAGAUCGAAUCAGUACCCGGUAGCCGGUCGUAUCGAACGCCGCCGCCAGGAGACGAGAACAGACCAUGGCGGAGCGGAGCUACCGUGCUGUACUAAAUAUACGGGACGGGGACGGGGACGGGCCAACAACAUGCGUGGGUAGGUAAGCACUUGUGUUGAGGCAUUGAUUUAGUGCAUGGCUGGCUGGUACCUGACCGUUAUCCGUCACCUAAAAGAGAGUUUGAACUUUAUUUUAGAUAAGUUACCAGAUAAAUCUACUGCCGUGCUUACUGUACCAACCGUAUUAUUAUUGCCGGAGCGCCGGGAAAAGGAAUGUACCAAUAGGAAAGUUCGGGUCGAAUCCGGCAAGGGGUUUGAUUGUAUGUAAAUUAACAUACCUGCAUAUAUUGGUAGCACAAAGCAAGAAAAUCUAGAAAGAAGA